GCAGGGACCGGAACGCCCGGGUCUGGUCCGCUGAGUGCGCGGCGUGGGAGGCGGAGCCCGCGGCUCCCGGGGCGGGGCUGCGGCGCGCGGUCAGCUGACCCAGGCGGGGACUGGACCCAGAAGCCGGGUUCCCGCGGCAGACCUUGACUAGAGCCCUCGCCUGCCUCAGUGUACCACACCCUCCCUGCUGGACUGGGGGCCUUCCCUCCACAACCAUGGUCUGGAAGAAACUGAGCUUUGGAAACUUCUCCAACUGCCCCAAUGGCUCCUUAGAGUGGAUAUGGGACGUGUUUGGUGAAUGUGCCCAGGACAGCUGGGAUGAGGCCAGUGUGGGGCUGGGCUUGAUCUCCAUUCUCUGCUUCGCUGCGUCUACCUUCCCCCAGUUCAUCAAGGCCUGCAAGACGGGCAACAUGGACCAAGCCCUGUCCCUGUGGUUCCUCCUGGGCUGGAUCGGUGGAGACUCCUGUAACCUCAUCGGGUCCUUCCUUGCCAACCAGCUGCCCCUGCAGACCUACACAGCGGUGUAUUACGUCCUGGCGGACCUGCUCAUGCUGUCACUGUACUUUCACUACAAGUUCAAGAAACGCCCCUCUCUGUUGUCUGCCCCCAUCAAUUCUGUGCUCUUAUUCUUCGCUGGGUCAGUGUGCGCCACGCCCCUGCUGAGCAGGGCUGGCCCUGUAGCUGCCCCCAGGCAAGUCUUCCGGGGACGGACACUCCUGUCUGUGGAGCCGGGCUUCACGCCCUUCACUAAGCAGGAAAUCAUUGGCUUUGUCAUCGGCUCGGUCUCCAGCGUGCUGUACCUGCUGUCCCGCGUGCCUCAGAUCCGCACCAAUUUCCUGCGGAAGUCGACCGAGGGUGUCUCCUACUCCCUGUUUGCACUGGUGAUGCUGGGGAACACACUGUACGGGCUGAGUGUGCUGCUCAAAAACCCUGAGGUGGGCCAAAGCGAGGGGAGCUACCUGCUGCACCACCUGCCCUGGCUCGUGGGCAGCUUGGGUGUCCUGCUGCUCGACACCGUGAUCUCCAUCCAGUUCCUUCUGUACAGGAACAACACCACUGCCUCAGAGCUCGAGCCUCUCCUCCCCAGCUGACCGGUGCUGGGCUGAGCCCAGGAUGACAGGGACCUGCAGCUCCACCCCCAGGACGGAGCAGGUGUGGGCUGUGGUAACGCUGCUGCCCCUGGGUUAGCCUAGGGAAGGCCAGAACUGACGGCCCCGUCCCUGGAGCCUUCGCGGGCUGGCCUGCCCUGGCAGCAUGCCUCACAGGGUCUGGGACAGCUGUCGAGGGAGCCUCAAGGGAGGGGCUGCAGCUGAGGCCUCUGGGCCUCUCAGAGACAGGGUGGCUGGCCCUGCUGCGCAUCUACCUCACUGCCUCCGCAGGCCUGGGGGGAGCCACAGCUGCUGCCCAGUGGACCAGGACUGUCUUGUUGACUCCAGACAACCCAGUAAACGGUACCGCCUGUCGAGGCUUGUUUCCACUGCUCCUUCCCUAGGUCAUUGGGUGGCAUGGGCUCCUUUGGGGACAUUAGUGCAUGGGGUUCUGUGGUGAGCUGAGUGGAGAGAACCGCAUCAGCCUGCAACCCUGGCCGAGCCUCCUGGGCCUUCCCAUCUCUUAAGCCUGGUCUCUGUGACAGGCUCUAUCUUGGUGGGGGCGUAGCAAGAAUGACACAGGACCAAGCGCUCUGCCCCUCAGUGCUCAGGAAGAAGCAGAAUGUUAAGAGUCAGAUCUGGGGCCGGGCGCAGUGGCUCACGCCUAUAAUCCUAGCACUCUGGGAAGCCGAGGCAGGUGGAUUGCUGAGCUCACAGGUUCAAAAGCAGCCUGAGCCAGAGCGAGACCCCAUCUCUAAAAAUAGCCUGGUGUUGUGGCGGCACCUGUAAUCCCAGCUACUAGGGAGGCUGAGGCAAGAGAAUCACUUGAGCCCAAGAGUUAGAGGUUGCUGUGAACUAUGACACCACACCACUGUACCAAAGGGGACAAAGUGAGUCUAUCUCAAAAACAAAGAACAGUCAGAUCUGGGUUCUGGAUCUUAGAUCCUUGGCACCUGGGUCGUCUCAACUGUGAAACAGGAUGACAGCACUACACUUCAUACCUUACUGUAAGGAGGUGGUGUCACAAUGGAGCAUGGCCCCAAAGUCUGGCACCAAAGAUUAGGUUUGGUGGUUUGUAGUUGAAGGAUAGCCAGGUCUCAGGGAUAGCUUACCAGAGGAGGUGAAAGUGGUUCAGGAAGAGCAAAGGGCAGGUGCAGAGGCCUGGAGGUGGGGGCCUGGGCUGCUCCCAAAGUAGGGCCAUGUACCAAGAGCCUUGAGAGCCAGGCUGGUGCUGAAGACAAGGACAAGGUCCUGGGGCAGGUCAGGCAGCAGCUCAUUAGCAGGUGACUGGGGCGGCUGGAGGAAGAGGAGGGAAUUGGGCCUGGGGAGACCAGAGAGGGAACACCGCUGAGAUUCAGGUAGAGCCAGGAGGGCCAGUCUCCCCCCAGCCCUAGGAGGAGCAGUCCCCAACCUUUUCAGCACCCAGGGACCAAUUUCAUGGAAGACAAUUCUUCCACGGACCAAGGGGGUGGGGUGAGGGAUGGGACAGGAGGCAGAGCUCAGGUUCCUAACAGACCUCAGACUGGUCUAGUCUGCAGCCCAAGAUUUGGGGGCCACUGUCCCAGGCGAUGCUUGUGGAUCUCAGGGUUCCAUCCCACACGUGGCUGAUGUUUGCUGCACACCUGCUGUGUGCAGGCUGGGCUGGUCACCUGCUUUUGGUCACUUACUCAUCCUGUCCUCAUAACCCCUCUAAGAUGGAGGGGGAGGACUCAUGGCCAUAUUAUACAUGAGAAAAUAGCCUACAAGAAACUUAGUGACUUGCCCAAGGUUGCUAUGUAAGAGAGGCAGCAUUUGAUACAUUUGCCCCCUCUGCAGUUGCAGGGGCCCUCUCACUUCUAGCCAAAGUUGGGGCCCUAGAGUCCCCUCCUCCCUUUCCUCCCUGGCUGGGGGUCCAGGACUGUGGCUGGGCGCAAUGCAGCAUCCCCUUUUGAGAGCAGCCCAAACCCUGCUGGUUUCAGGCUCCCAUCUCACCGUCCUGAGUGGCAGCUUCUGCGAGCCUCUGGCCCUGCUCGGCUUACGGAAGGAGGGGCCCCCAGGCUCACUGUUUGCUCCUCCCACCCCCUGGGGCCAGGACUUGGCUGGACACCUGUUCAUUACCUGGGGCCUAUCAGCACCCUUCCAGCCUGAAAACCUGGGGCUCAUGUGGCAACAUGAGCCCCGUGAGCAGGCUUGAGCCAGAGCCAGGGGAAGGAAUUAAGAUAACACGGCCCCUGCUCAGGAAACCUCUCCAGACAGGGUGACAGUCCCUCCUGGGAAACACCCUGUGUGGUGAGGUGCCAGCAGUCACUUUCAGGCAUGAGCUAUGGUUCCUUCCCUCCCAGGAGGCCCCAGUCUGAUGGGGAGUGUCUCAGGGAGUGUCCUGCUCUCUCAGGGAAGGAGAAGAUACAGUCUCUACCCUGGGGGGGGUGUGGGGAGGGCUAUGUGUCCAGUCUGCAGCUAAUCCAAAUCUUGAUUCCUUCUCUUCCUUGGAGCUUUCAUUCCCCUGCCCCAAGUAGGAUUUGAGCUGGUUGGGCUGGAAGAACAAGAUGGGUCCCCAAGGCCAUGUUGGAGGAACUGUUGACACACCCAGAGGCUGGGGGUGGGGGCGUGUGGAGCAUUCAGGCUUUGGGCUCCUACACACCGAGUUUGAAGCAUGCCCCAGCCCCUGGUGAGGCAGGGACUUGGGCACGCACUCUGACCUCAGUUUCUUCAUCCCAUGGGACCAGUAGUACCAUCUAUGUGCCCCCGAACAUGAGUGUGAGGAUUGAAGGAGAGGAGCUCGUGGGCCGGUCCGGGCACCUGGCGUGUGUUCACGCCUGGUAAAUGAAUAGAGGCUACAUCAGCUGGCCCAUUGGAAGGGGUUUGCCUAAUACCUGGACCCCCAUACACACCAUUAUUUCUGAAAGUUAGGAGGGACAAUGGGGUCAUCAGAUGCCACCAGUGUGGUGAAGGUGUGCUGGUGGCUGGGGUCCCCAAGUUCAAAGCCUCCCAGGUGCUUUCCUCUCUCCUGGCUCACACCUCCUGUGCCUUGCAGCAGCCUGGGAGUGGCCUGAAGUGACGAGAGCCCCCACCUUAGGUCUGCCCUCCAUCUGGCCUGAAGCGUGGGAAUUUUGGUUUCAAGCCCAGGGUCAGCCAGAGGAGUGGAGCCACACUUACCACUUGCCCUGUGCAGGAAGGUCUGUCCCUUAGGACACUCAUGGAACAGCAGGCUGUGCCAGUCACCCCCAAAGACCUUGGCAGAUUGUGUUUUAACCAAGUGAGUUGCCAUAUAUGAAAGUUGCCAUAUAUGAAAGCACCAGGCCCCGUGUAAAGACACUGCCAAGACAACACGGCCUUCAGUUUCUGAAGCCGAGGUGGGGGGUCCACCACUCACCCUGCCUUCUGUCUAACUUGGCCUUCAUUGGAACUGAAUAGUGGGAGCUUGGAGGUCCCAGAUGAUGGCCAGGUGCAGAGCCCUAACCACCCGAUGAGAAAGCAUUGAGCUAGAACAAGAGAGAAAAUGAAAAAGCAGGCUGGGCGGGGUGGCUCACACCUGUAAUCCUACCACUCCGGGAGGCUGAGGCCAGUGAAUUGCCUGAGCUCACGAGUUCGAGACCGACCUGAGCAACAGCAAGACCCCUGCCUCUAAAAAUAGCAGGGCCUUCUGGCAGGUGCCUGUAGUCCCAGCUACUCAGGAGGCUGAAGCAAGGGGAUCAUUUGAGCCCAAGAGUUUGAGGUUGCUGUGAGCUAUGACAUGGAACUCUACUCAGGGAGACAAAGUGAGACUCUGCCUCAAAAAAGAAAAAGAAAAAGCACUGAACUGACCCUAAUUCUGGUGGGGAGUGGGGUCACCUUUCACUGGAUUAACUCAGUUCCAUGGACAACUACUAUCCACGUCCCCCAGCCCUCUGACAGCCCUGGGGACACAGUCACCAAGCAGUAGCCCUGUGCCCACGUGUGGAAGUGGUCAAUAACAAUGAUUAUUACUGACAAGUGCUCCCUCCAACCCCCACCAGACAGCCCUGCUCACCACUGUGUCCCCUGUACUCAGUAGGUGCUCAAUGUUUGGCAAAUGAACAAGCAAAGGACUGCCUGAGACUCAAGGAGCACUAAAUCCCGUGGCUUGUAACCAGUAGUCACAGAGCUACUGAAUUGUACACUUUAAAUGGGUGGAUUGUAUAGUAUGUGAAUUGUACCUCAAUAAAGCCACUUGAAAAAAUACCAAAUUAGCUAUUAUGUAUUAAAAUUUGGAUGGGAAAUUGAAGAAUAUAAUUCCAUUCUGUAGAAUUUUUAAUCAUACAAUGAAGUCCAAAGUCAUCUUUUUUUUUUUUAAGGCAAGCAUGAAACAAAGUUUAUUGAGGAAGAGAAAGAUAGGCUUACAGAGUAAGAAAGGUUAUAUAAGGCUGGGCAUGGUGGCUCACACCUGUAAUCCUAGCACUCUGGGAGGCCAAGGCGGGCAAAUCGCUUGAGCUGAGGCGUUUGAGACCAGCCUGAGCAAGAGCAAGACCCUGUCUCUACCAAAAAUAAAGAAGCCAGCUGGCUGUCAUGACUGCCACCUAUAGUCCCAGCUACUUGGGAGACUAAGGCAGGAGGAACACUUGAGCCCAAGAGUUUGGGAUUGCUGUGAGCUAUGAUGACAUGGCACUCUACCCAGGUAUCCAGGGCAACAGAGUGAGACUCUCUCAAAAACAAAAUUAACUAGGCAUUGUGCCGGGCACCUGUAGUCCCAGCUAUUCAGGAGGCUGAGGCAGGAGGAUCACUUGAGCCCAAGAGUUUGAGGUUGCUGUGAGCCAUGAUGAUGCCAUGCCUACCCAGGGUGACAAAGUGAGACUGUCACAAAAAAAAAAGGUUACAAAGGAUACAUUCGCCAUGAAGCCAUGGACAGUGAACUGGCUUUUAUUCCUGGGGCGAUAGGCGAAGAGGUCACCCAAAGUAAUCUGAACCUCGGCUACAUAAGUAGAAGGAACUGUAUAUGGUAUUAGGUUCUAGAAAGAAGCAAAGGAUUUCAUUCACUAGUUGUGUCAAAGAGAUAAAUAGGAAUAUAUUGAAUAUAGUCUAUUCAUUCUGCAGAGCACUUAUUCCAAAUUGGAGAGGUUUCGCAACAAGAGACAGGCAUAUGGUCACAUGUCUCAAUAGUCUAUGAAGAACUAUUUUUUAUUUUUAUUUUUUGAGACAGAGUCUCACUAUGUUGCCCUCAGUAGAGAGCUGUGCCAUCACAACUCACAGCAACCUCAAACUCUUGGGCUUAAGCAAUUCUCUUGCCUCAGCCUCCCAAGUAACUGGGACUACAGGCACCGGCCACAAUGGCCAGCUAUUUUUUUAUUGUAGUUGGCCCGGGCUGGAUUCAAACCCGCCAGUUCCUGUGUAUGUGGCUGGCGUCCUAGCUGCUGAGCUACAGACUCUGGGCCUGAAGAAUCAUUUUAAAAGACAAAAUUCAGGCUCGGCGCCUGUGGCUCAAGCAGUUAAGGCACCAGCCACAUAUA